CUCCGGCCUCAUAUUUUAUUAAUAUAUACAGAAAAAUAUUUUUAGCAACAGUAUUCGAUGAUUUACCAUGGCAAAAUCCAGAAUUGUGACAUGAAGUGGCCUGGAUCCUUAUGAAAUAGUGCCACUAGCGGCAUCCAAAUCUCGGUUUCAAUCCGACGGGUUGUCCAUGAGGCAAGCUAUAACUUCUUAACCGUACGCAACAAAUAAAAUAAACAGCGCUGAGUUUUGCAUUUUUCCAUUGAUAACCAAUUUUUAUACAAAAAUAGGUUUAGGAAUUAUCACCGAAUCUCAGCCAGCGAGGAUGAAGCGUAAUAAUAUUGUGGUAUUUUCUGGUGGUAGCGCGGCGAAUACCUUGGUGGAUGUUUUUGGAAAUGUGGCUCGUGAGAAGGGCUGCACGCUGAGCUAGUGAGAUAUAAAUUUCGAAGCGCGAACCGUUGCUAAUGGAUCUUUAGCAUCAUCCCCAUCAGUGAUAAUGGCGGAUCGUCGAGCGAACUAAUUAGAGUGCUUGGGGGACCUGGGAUUGGUGAUGUGCGAAGUAUGCCUCAACCCUCCUGCCCCCAGUUCAAGGCAGAGCAAUUUAACAAUGGACAGGUCGUCUCGUCCGCCUAAUUCCGGAAGAUGUGGCUGGAAAUGACCCCGAGAAGGCAGCCAUGAAGACAUUUUUCAACCACCGUCUAGCAGCAUCCACCCCAGAAGCAGCACGCGCAGAGUGGCUAGAUAUCGUUGAAGCCCGUCACGAGCUAUGGACCUCCAUCUCCUCCGAGAAGGAAGAAUUGAUCCGUUCCUUCCUCAACACCACUAACCUCGAGAUUGUAAAGCGAGCUCGGCCCUCCUCGUUCUUCAACUUUCAGUCUGCUGCGGUGGGCAACCUCUUCCUCACCGGCGCCCGUCUGUUCACUGGUUCAUUCGAAUCCGCCAUUUAUCUUCUCGGAUCCAUCACGGGGGUCCCAUCGAACGUGUCCGUCAUUCCCGCUAUUAAUUCUAAUUUCUCCCACCACAUUUGCGCUGGCCUUAGAGAUGGAACAUCGAUUGUCGGACAGAACUCAAUCUCCCACCCCAGCGCUCUCCCGAACAAUCUUCCAGGCGGAGAGGAUGAAAUAGAUGGCCCCAUGUCACCGACGACCUUCCAACGGAAGACUUUCGAGGAACUUAUCAUGCACGAUAGCGUCGAAGAUGCGAAUCUCCCGGGCUCUCUUCCCACCUUAAGGAAACAAUAUAUUGACUUCCACAAGUCUGAUACGGAAGAUCUUCCCUCAAGAAUCCGCAGGAUAUGGUACAUCAACCCCUAUGGGCAAGAAAUACGGCCGAGUCCGAACAGAAAGGCUCUUGCGGCAUUGGGAAACUCGCAAGCUGUGAUUUAUAGCAUCGGUUCCCUAUAUACGUCUAUUAUCCCGUGCCUAAUAUUGAAGGACGUAGGAGACGCGAUUGCUGCCCCUGGGAUCAAAUCGAAGAUUCUGAUUCUCAACGGCUCAAUAGAUCGCGAAACUGGCCCAGCAUCAAAUCCAUAUUGCGCCCGAGAUUUCAUUUGCGCCAUUUCCAACGCGUGUGGAACCUCCAGGGGCGACCUACGCGUCGAUGCUGCGAACAUGAACAAGUAUGUCACGCACGUGAUCCACCUUGAGGGUGAGGGGACACCGAAGGUUGAUAAGGAAGAGCUGAAGAGCUUGGGUAUUGAGACUUAUAGAGUCUACGGGAGGAAGAAUCCAGAGGGUGGGAUGCUGUAUGACGGCAAAGCGUUGACACAGGCACUUGAGUCGAUAUUGGGCAGGGAGGAUAAAGGUGUCGUACGGAGGAAUACGCUGCAGCAUUAAAAAUCAUGUACAUUAGAGGGUUCA